GACAGGGAGACGAGGUUGAAGGUCGUCGCUGGUAUCCUUCUCCACCGUGUCCACGCCGUUGGCAAGCCAAUGCGCAGGCUUCCCAAUUUGGAAGCACCCAAGACCUAUAAGAGAAGCGGGCUCUCGAGCAUGAUCAGCGUGGACGAGUUGUGA